CGGCAGCAGCAACAGCAGCAAUAGACGAGGGCGAUCGAUAUGAUCCGUGGUGCGUUCAAUGCCACACUUGGAGAACAUUGAAUUGUGUUCAGCGGCAGCAGAGAGAGAGAGAGAGAGAGAGAGAGAGAGAGAGAGAGAGAGAGAGAAAGAGAAAGAGAGAAAGAGAGAGGGGAUAUACCCCACGGUCGAUGCCUAUAUAGCGAGCUACGAACGCAACAGAUCGUUCCAGUCGUUGUCUCUCGUCUCAGGAUUUCCUCGCCUCCUUUUUUUUUUUAAUCUACUGCACGUCCUCGGAUUAGCCUCGAUUCUUCCGAGGUCUCGCGAUACAUUCUCACGAUGUGCACGUUUAAUCAAACGACCGUCUAACGAACCGAUCAGCUUCGCCGGUUCGAUUAUCGCGAUCGAAAGUGCUCGAGGUGGUAGCGCGCGGUGAUAACGAAUCAUUCUCCGGCAUGUUCUCCAGGACGUAGAACAGAGAGUUUUCUCGCUGUCACCAAGCGGAAGCUGGGAAGGAGUUUCUUAAUAUAUAAGUGCUUCUGUUUAAUAUUAAGUAUUUCGUUCUGCCGCGCCGCGCGGAUCAGGCGUCUUAAUUGUGCGCGCGUGGCGCAGCAUCCCGAAGGCUGGAUCCGAUUCGUAGCACGAAGAAACUCUUACCUCCUAUUUUUUCCCGCGGAACUUCGGAGGUCUCGGUUGACAGCGACAUGCCGCCGCAGGAGAAGUUUCCGGCGUCCGCCGGAGUUUCCGGGGAUCUGUCACCGCAAGACGCGAGUCCCGAUGGAGGUCUGUCGACCUCAGCCUCGUCUGACGGACUUUCCACCGUCAAGGGUCGCAAAAGCGACGACGACCAGGAUGAUCAGGAGCAGCCCAAAGACAUGGACUUCGACGAUCUGCUGCCGCACGUAGGUGAAUUUGGCACUUAUCAGAGGAUCCUGUUUGUGCUGAUGAUACCAUUUGCCUUCUUCGUCGCCUGGGUAUAUUUCUCACAAAUAUUCAUCACUCUUGUGCCAGAGGAGCACUGGUGCCGUGUACCGGAAUUAGAGGACCUCACGGUUGAAGAAAGAAUCGCCCUGGCGAUACCAGUUGGGGAGGAUGGUUAUUCCAAGUGCAGCAUGUACGAUGUGAAUUAUACGGAAGUUCUGUUAAACGGGAUCAAAGAGGCGAAUCCGAGCUGGCCAACGAAGGGUUGCUCGCACGGUUGGGAGUUCAAUUUUACUGACAUUCCCUACGAGACCGUGGCGACUGAGUUGGGAUGGGUAUGCGAGCACAGUGCGCUACCGACGACCGCCCAGAGCGUUUUCUUCAUCGGCGCGAUCUUCGGCGGCUUGAUCUUCGGAUGGAUCGCCGACAGAUAUGGCAGAAUACCGGCGCUGGUCGGUGCCAAUGUCACCGGUUUUCUGGCGGGCGUUGCGACUGUUUUGGCUGGAAGUUUCUGGGAAUUCGCGCUGUGCCGAUUCUUCGUCGGCUUCGCUUUCGACAAUUGUUUCACCAUGAUGUACAUACUGGUAUUGGAAUACGUGGGACCGAAAUGGCGCACUUUCGUGGCGAACAUGUCGAUAGCUCUCUUUUUCACGUUCGCUGCCUGUAUCUUACCUUGGAUCGCAUAUUUCCUAGCCGAUUGGAGGAUGACUUGCAUCGCAAUAUCUGUUCCUCUGGCUCUGGCAAUAGCGGCACCCUGGUUGGUACCGGAGAGCGCGAGAUGGCUUGUCAGUCAAAACCAAGUAGAGAAGGCCAUUAGAAUCCUGGGUAAAUUUGAACGCAUCAACGGCACGAAAGUACCCGAGAACGUCUAUCAACAGUUCCGCGAAACCUGUGCCAGGGUAUGCAAAGAGCAAGAAGCGGAUAAGACUUAUUCUGUGGUGGAUCUAUUUAAAAGUCCACGUUUGCGAAAUAUUACGAUUCUUCUCAUCAUUAUCUGGAUGGCGAUAUCGCUGGUAUUUGAUGGUCACGUAAGAAACGUGAAUAAUCUCGGGCUCGACGUCUUUGUAACAUUUACCAUCGCGGCGUUUACCGAACUACCCGCCGACACAUUCCUUACUCUCGUUCUCGAUCGAUGGGGUAGACGGUGGUUGGCUUGUGGUACCAUGGUAAUUUCCGGAAUUUUCAGCAUUUGGGCAAGCGCGGUUUCAAACAAUAUUUAUUCGGCCACGCUGGCGAUCGUUGGUAGAUUUUGGGUCAACAUCUCGUAUAACAUUGGUCUUCAGUAUGCAGCCGAAGUGUUGCCGACUGUUGUGAGAGCUCAAGGGGUCGCCUUGAUCCACAUAAUGGGAUACGUCGCGAGCAUACUUGCGCCUUUUGUCGUUUACCUGGAUACUGUUUCAUCCAUUCUACCACUGUUGGUUCUGGGCGUCAUAGGCGUUCUGGGCGGUCUUCUGACACUCCUGUUACCGGAGACACUUGAUAAAGAUCUACCACAAACCUUGCAAGAUGGCGAAGAUUUCGGAAAAGAUCAGAAGAUAUGGGAUAUGCCGUGUCUCUCGAAAAAAAAACCUGUAGACGUGGAAGUGCCGACGGUAGCUGUCUUCCGGACGUUCGAACGCAGCAGUCUGCGAAGUUCAAUGAGAGCAUCUAUUCGCGGAGAGACCCUGAGGAGCAGCAUGAUACAAAGAUCGAGCAUAAGAUCACGGAAGAGCGUGAAUACGUCUACGGAAGCACAAAGAUCGAGCAUAAGAUCGCGGAAGAGCGUGAAUGUGGCCACGGAAGCGGAGAGCAAGUGAAUAUUCUGAGAGACGCGGCCCUGAUUUUCGACAUGCUGACGCAUUUCCUGUCUCUCCCUUCUCCC